AUGGACAUGAACGACAACAACUCCCCUGCGUGCCAAAAAUUGAAAAUGUCAGAAGAGCCUGUCCCUCUUACUUCUUCAUCGCACGGACGUGUAUCUGGAAAAUCAUGGAAGGCACCAAAAUCAGCGACCUUUCGAACGCAAUGUUCUGCUGGACACAGGUCUAAAUUUGAAGAGCGAAUGCAGAAGACUACAAAAGACAGCGCUGCAAAGAAGUUAGAAACUGAGCUCAGAGAGGAGAAACACGCUGAGAAGCAACGGAGGCGAGAAAUUACCCUCGAAAGGAAAAGCGCAGCAGAGGAGCGGCGCAGAUUGGAAGAAGACAAAGCCAAGGUAGAUCCAUAUUAUCUAGGAUUUGCCUUCUGA